CUCUCCACCAACUGCCCAGGAGAGAGCAGCUGCUUUCUGUCUGCCUGAAAACGACGGACAGACUCACAGACAGCCAUCAUCUCAGCCUGCCAACUAGCCAGCCUGGCCUCUUCCCCUCCCCAGGCAUAGCCACCAUGCGGCCACUGUGGCUCCUCGCGUCUCUGCUGGCCCUGAGCCAGGCUCUGCCCUUUGAACAGAAGGGUUUCUGGGACUUCACCCUGGAUGACGGGCUGCUCAUGAUGAACGACGAGGAGGCUUCAGGCGCUGACACGACCUCAGGCGUCCCAGAUCUGGACUCUCUCACACCCACCUUCAGCACCAUGUGUCCUUUCGGCUGUCACUGCCACCUGCGGGUUGUUCAGUGCUCUGACCUGGGUCUGAAGUCUGUGCCCAAAGAGAUCUCACCUGACACCACACUGCUGGACCUGCAGAACAACGACAUCACUGAGCUGCGCAAGGAUGACUUCAAAGGCCUUCAGCACCUCUACGCCCUCGUCCUGGUGAACAACAAGAUCUCCAAGAUCCAUGAGAAGGCCUUCAGCCCCCUGCGGAAGCUGCAGAAGCUCUACAUCUCCAAGAACAACCUGGUGGAGAUUCCUCCCAACCUGCCUGGCUCCCUGGUGGAGCUGCGCAUCCACGACAACCAUAUCCGCAGGGUGCCCAAGGGUGUGUUCAGUGGGCUCCGCAGCAUGAACUGCAUUGAGAUGGGCGGGAACCCCCUGGAGAACAGUGGCUUUGAACCUGGAGCCUUUGAUGGCCUGAAGCUCAACUACCUGCGCAUCUCAGAGGCCAAGCUUACCGGCAUCCCCAAAGACCUCCCCGAGACCCUGAAUGAGCUCCAUCUGGACCACAACAAGAUCCAGGCUAUAGAGCUGGAGGACCUGCUCCGCUACUCCAAGCUGUACAGGCUGGGCCUGGGCCACAACCAGAUCCGGAUGAUCGAGAAUGGUAGCCUGAGUUUCCUGCCCACCCUUCGGGAGCUGCACUUGGACAACAACAAGCUGUCCAGAGUGCCCGCUGGGCUCCCGGACCUCAAGCUUCUGCAGGUGGUCUACCUGCAUUCCAACAACAUCACCAAAGUGGGCGUCAAUGACUUCUGCCCUGUGGGCUUUGGGGUGAAGCGGGCCUACUACAAUGGCAUCAGCCUCUUCAACAACCCCGUGCCGUACUGGGAGGUGCAGCCAGCCACCUUCCGCUGCGUCACCGACCGCCUGGCCAUCCAGUUUGGCAACUACAAAAAGUAGAGGCAGCUGCAGCUACCAUGAUGGCCUUGGUGGGGGUUUCUGGGGAACACAGCCAGAUGUCCUGAAGGGGGGAAAGUGAGAGAGCAAAGCCUGUGCCUGGCUGCAUCCAACCCAGCCCCCCACCUUUGGUCCCUGACCCCAACUCGCCACCCACCACGAUCUCUCCCUGGCUGUCAAAUCCACAGGUAGGCACAAGGCCCAGCCCCCGCCACACACCCCUCGGCUUCAGAGCUGCCCCUGCCACCCCCAUGGCCACUUAGAGGCACCCUAUGAAGCUUUCUUCUUAUCCACUCAAAAGCCCAGUUGUGCAAGUUCCAGUCCUACGAAAGUGACCCUGCCAUCUAUGGGACGGGAGAGCUCACAGGAAUGGAGACAGUGGAUUCUUCCAAGGCCGGGCUUUCCUCCUCUUCACCCACUUCCAGCUUUCCAGCCCCCCUCAGCCCUGCUUUCCCCAGAACACCCAUGCUUCCACUCAGCCACCUUGUUCUACUGGCCCUCAGGGACCAAUUAUCUCUCUCUCUUUCUCUGUCUCUCUCUCUCUCCCCACCUACCCCAUCUCUGUGUCUGUCUGCCUGUCUCUCUCCCUCUCUGUGUCUGUCUUAUGCUUCCUCAGAUCUUUCUCCCUUCUGGGCUUGGUGACCUAUCCCCUCCACCUUUCUGGACCUGUCUCUAGCUCCCACUAUGCACAUACACAUACACCCUGACCCUCUGCCUAGGGCUGGGCCCGCUUUCUGUCUCACUGGCCUCUGGCCAGCUCCUGCCCAAGCAACCUUGGGGAAGCUGCCUCCCAAGCCUGCCCUGCCCAGGCCUUGCCCCCAAGCCUGGACGGCCCUGGAGGAGGCCCAGCCCCCUGCCCCACUAUUGAGAGGGAAGCCUUAGGCCUGUUGGAUCCUGGGACUUCCUGCCCCUGGGAGAGGCCCAGCAACCCACCAAAGUCCCAUGCACCCCCAUGAUGGCUGGCCUCCCCUAUCCCCUGCCUUCUGGUCCCUACUGUGCUGGGGAGUGUGGGUGGUCACACCCAGUGCAAGGAGGGGCUGCUUCUGAGGUCAACUGUUAUCUUUCAAUUAAAGAAAUACUGUGCAAUA